AAAAUGCAACAAAAUAAUGAAUUGAUUGAUUUAUUGGAGCAAAGAAGGAAAGAUUCUGAUUUUUCAUGGGUUUCUAGAUUCAUGAAAAUACAAAUGCCUCAUAUGCUACCACCAGAAUUAAAUUUAUCUAGAAAUCAAAUAAUAAAUACAGUAUUAAAUAGUCCACGCAUAAAAGAAGUGAUUAGUUAUUUAGCAAAAAGUCAAAAUGUUUAUACAUAUGUUAUUGAACGAAAAGCUUAUGCUAUUUUGCAGGAAAUGGCAAGUAAGGCUCAUUUACCUACAGUUCGUUGGCUAGGUUUCUUUAUUAUCAAAACUUUGAAGAAAAUCUUCCGCAAUCUUUAUAUAAAUGAAAGAAUGAUAUUUAAUUUAAAAAAACAAAUGUCUAGUUUUCAAGUACAAUAUAUAUAUGUACCAUCACAUAGAAGUUAUCUGGAUUUUAUUUUACUAUCAUGUAUCCUCUUUAAUUACGAUAUGUCAUUACCAAAUAUUGCAAGUGGGAUGGAUUUUUAUCAAAUGAGAUUUAUUGGAGAAAUAUUACGUAAAACUGGAGCAUUUUAUAUGAGACGUAGUUUUUCUAAUGAUUUAUUAUAUAAAGAAAUUUUUAAAGCAUAUGUUAGCUAUCUUGUAAAUCAUAAUGAUAGAGCAAUUGAAUUUUUCAUCGAAGGUACUCGUAGUAGAAGUCAAAAAAGUAUUGAACCUAAAUAUGGUUUCUUAUCUGUCAUUUUGGACACUUAUCUUCAAAGUACUGUACCUGAGAUUCAGUUUCUUCCAAUUAGUAUCAGUUAUGAUCGCCCACUAGAAGAAAAAUUAUUUGUCUAUGAACUACUAGGGGUGCCAAAGCCAAAAGAAACAACAACUGCUUUCCUGCAAUCUUUGCUUAUGUUAAAAAAUCAUGUUUCUUAUGGAUCAGUAUUUUUCAAUAUUGGCGAACCUAUUUCUGCCUCACAAUAUAUAACAUCAAAGGAUCGUAAAACCAAGAUUAUAAAUCCUGAUUAUAAAUUACCAUCAACUAUUAUAGAAAACUUAGCAUAUGACAUAAUAUAUACUCAUCAAAAAAAUACAAUCCUUACAACUUUUAAUAUAAUUGCUUUGUUGUUUAAUGAAAGAGUACAAACGUAUCCUGCAAAUCCAUACACUCUUCAAACAUUGGCAGAAGAUUACAAAUGGUAUAAAAACUGGCUCUCAUCAUUAGGAGCUAUGAUUCAUCCUUCAAUUGAGAAUAUGACUACAGAUGAAUUAUAUAAUGAAAUAUUAGUAUCACUAGAAACACAUUCAGAAUUGCUUACAUUAGAUGAAUCAAAAAUGUUGAACUUAAAAAAUAUGUAUGUAGAAAUGAAAUCAGAAAAAUAUACAAAUAUAAAGGGACAUAAUUUGAAUAAACGUACUAUGGAAGUAGCUGUACCAGCUAUUAAUUUAACUAUUUAUGUAAAUCCUACUUUAUUUUUUCUUGCGAAAUUAGGGAUUAUUACUGCAACAGUUGGAUUAGGCAGUAUUCAUAUUGACAAAGCCUUUGAACGAUAUGUUCUACUAAGAAAAUUAUUAAGUACAGAGUUUGCAUUAUUUUUAAAUGCAAGUUCUUCUGUACUUAAUUUAGAAUGGAAAAAAUCAAUUGAUAUUUUGGUGAAAGAAGGCUGUUUAUAUAUUCAGAAUGAUUUAAUUACAGGACAGAAAACUGCAUUGUUUUCUCUUCUACAUAAUCUUAUAUUACCAUUUAUUGACGCAGCGUGUUUCACCUGUACUACUUUAUUAAAUUGGAAUGAAUCAGUAUUAGGUACUAUAACAAACCAAAAAGUAUUGAGAGAAUGUCAGAAGCAAGUAGAAAUUGCAUUAUUUGAGGAAAAAAAUUCUCGUCCUCAUCCAUACUGUCUAUCACUUGAUCUUUUUAAAUCUACAUUGUCUAAUCUUUUACAACAAGGUAUUGUUGUAACAUCUGAUAAAGAAGGUAUUUAUUUUGUAGAUAAAAUACAAAUGGAAUAUCUUAUUUUAAAAUUACAUCAGCUCCCAUUACUACAUCCUUUGGGAUUUUAUAGUGAUAUUUCUUUAUCACCAUUAAAUACUUCCGUACAUAUACAAGCAAAAUUAUAAAAAUAUA